UAGCCGUGCAGUGCCCUUCGGCCCGAUACGGGAAAUGGCGAUUCGCGAGGUUGUUUGAAGCCAAUUCGAGAGAGUAAACACACACACUCGCGCGCGCGCGCGCGCCUCGCGACGUUGAUCGAACGUGCCCUGGAAAAUAAUGCCGAUGACUAUUCUCACGUAAUGAGAAAAUAAUGUGUCGACUGUGUGCGAUGGCGAGCAGAGAGAUGACCGGCCAUCAGCAGCAGUUCGUUGAGGAAAUCGAUUAUAAUGAGAUCGAAACGGAGCAGGUAGUCGGCAAGGGAUCCUUCGGGGUUGUGUGGAAAGGAAAGUGGAGAGGGCAGGAUGUUGCCGUGAAACACAUAAAUUCGGAAGGAGAGAGGAAAGCCUUCACUGUGGAAGUUCGGCAGCUGUCCCGAGUCGCCCAUCCCAAUAUUGUUAAAUUGUACGGCGCGUGCACGAAGAAUCCGGUGUGCCUGGUGAUGGAAUAUGCGGAGGGUGGAUCAUUGUAUAACGUACUGCAUUGCAAUCCUCAACCACAUUAUACUACCAGUCACGCUAUGAGUUGGACCCUCCAGUGCGCGCGUGGUGUCGCCUAUCUUCAUAAUAUGAAGCCGAAACCGCUGAUACACAGAGACCUAAAGCCACCCAAUCUGUUGUUAGUUAUGGGUGGACAGAUGCUUAAAAUCUGUGACUUCGGCACAGCCUGUGACUUAAAUACUUAUAUGACUAAUAAUAAAGGCUCGGCAGCGUGGAUGGCGCCGGAAGUGUUUGAGGGAUCUAGGUAUACAGAGAAGUGCGAUGUAUUUAGUUGGGGUAUCAUCCUGUGGGAGGUCUUAGCGCGCAAGAAACCCUUCGAUGAUAUUGGUGCUUCGGCCUAUAGGAUAAUGUGGGCUGUUCACGUAGGACAAAGACCUCCUUUGAUAGAAGGAUGCCCGAAACCAAUUGAAAAUCUUAUGACGAGAUGUUGGCAGAAAGCACCUGAAGAAAGACCUUCUAUGGACGAAGUAGUAAGGAUAAUGACUGAGCUAUCAGAAUUUUUCAGUCGCCAUUUAGAACCUGUUGAAUAUUCCUUAAGUAGUGAAGACGAUGUAGACGAAAACGAAACAUCGAGAGAAGAUACGCUAGAUAUAGUCAGUACGUUAGAUUUUCGUAUGAACGGCUCCGUUGCGAACGGCACUAUUUGUACAAUUCCAAAGCCUGUAGGAAACGCCAACGAAUGUCUCGAUGAAAGUAACUCGUCGCCCUUUGCAUUACCUCGUACCGCGCUGGUCAGCGAAGUGUCGACAAAAUUCUCGCCGCGGCAAAAUAAUUUAGGAUUUCAACGAAUACCCGACGAGGUUCCGGUAUUGAAUAAUGGGAGUGUGGACAGUAAUUUAGAACACGCUAAAUCAUCGAUUUCGCAAAAUGCGAUGACGCCGACGGGACACGACGACAAGCUCGCCGCAUUGCAAAGCAAAAACUGCAAUCUCGCUCCGUUGCACGUGGAGUGUGAUCCGAAUGCUUGGGAGUUGUCCUCUGACGUAUCUUGGGAAAUUCCAAAUAACAUGGCCGGAUUAGACAAAGUGGUUCAAAAAACGAAGAAAAAUAACCAAAGUAGCAGCACCACGAGCGAAGACUUGGGCAACGUUUGUCGCCUACUGGAUGCCGACCUGAGGCCUCUCACGCCCGACGACACGUGCAAGCUCUCGCGAGAGAUCUUCGAGGAGCACAAGCAGAUAGCCGAGGAGUACCUCAAGGUCCAAACGGAGAUAGCGUUGUUGAGCCAGCACAAGAACGAGAUGUUGAAGAAUCUGAGCCUCGACAGUCUCCGGCAGCAGCAGGAGUUACGGAAGCUGGAAGAUGAAAAGGAGUCUCUGGUGAAACUGUGUCGCAACCUGACGCGGCAAUUGCAGAUCAUGAAGGAACAGAGGGGGACCGCUGCCGCGUCGACGAUAGGGCCCGCCGUUUCCGGAAACAACGGUUGGGUGGUGAUACCUCACCGUCAAGACCCAUCGAGGCUUUCUUGAGAGGCUGCGACAUGAUGCGUCCGAGGGUCUGGACGAAAAGUGUACUUACGCCAUGUUACACAAUCAUCUCGAUUGACCGGUCGAUGAUACGCAACGAGGAUGGAAUUACGUUAAGAUUCCAACCCAAUUUCGCACGAAUGCAAAUCACCGCCGCGUCGCUUACUACCGAUAGAAGCAUGUGAGGGUACGUGAGUCAGAGUGGUCGCCCAUAGCGGAAGAUUGUUUCCGUUUCCGGUCUUAUCGAACUCGCUACAUAUAUACAUAUCUACGACGCGCGUCGUAACUAUACAAUCGACUUCCGAUUUUUCGAAACAUGAAAAGUGCAAUUUCAAAUAUACACUUUUAAAGUAACGCCUUCCGGUUAGAUUCUUUUUCUCACAGUCAUAUUUUUUUUGUCUUCUGCGCAUUCUCGUGCGCGGUGCGAGUUUAAUUAAUACAAUGGUGAACGAAACGUCCCAAGCAACAUGCAAGUGCGCUACAAUACCAUUGAGAAUGCCACAGAAGAUUUUUUUUUCGAUUGCAAAGCCUCGAAGGCAUUGUUAAACAUUGAAUUGCAAUCUAGUCCUUUCGAUUCAUAUUUUAUCAAAUCAUUCAUUUGUAUUUUGACAUGUAAAAUGUACAUUGUGUGAUAUAACACGCAGCUUUUAUUUAAACUAUUGUCGCAGAUUUUAAACUAUCACGCAGAUUUCAUCAUUUAAACUAUUCUCUGCCAGUGAAAAGUAUUUUCUAUUGCUACUAUCAAUACUUGAUGUAAUCGCAAAAAAAUUUUAUUGUGAAUAAGACACGAAUCGAGCAAUAAUCGACGAGCAUAAUCGACGAACACGGAUCAUCCUUUAUAUUACAUUUAGAUUUUAUUUUUGUAUGAUGUACGUCGUGUACAAAGUGUCACAGAUCUAUCUUGAUAUUUGUCAAUAAUUAAUAUGUGCUAAUAACUCGUGCAAUCAUUUUAAAGUGAAACUCCCGAUACCAAAAUGUCGAGGCUAUAAUAUUUUUUAAAAAUAAGAAAUGGUUAAAUUUUAAUUCACGUGCUCGGGCAUGGCACAUCGCACAGUAGUGUGAAGAUGUUUUCGAGCCUCAAUUUCGAAAUGUAUAAUGAAAUACUGCACAUUUUCAUUAUUGUACGAUAUAUAUUGUAUGUUCGACUAUCUGGUUGAGUUAACCGUGUGUCAAAAAUACAGUUCACGUCUUUGUUACUUUUAGCCCAUUGUGUUACAAGAGAUUAAAUAUUUUUUUUUUAAUUUCUCGCUUUGCUAAUAUGUGAUUGUUCAUGUAAAUAUUUUGUGUCUCGCCUAACUGUGAGUUUGAUUUCUCUGCAAUGAUAGGUCUAACAAAAUAAAGACACUUAGUUAAGUCAGUGCAUUAAUCAUAUAUAUAUAUUGAAGCAUAUUAGUGUUUCCGAUCUAAUUUAGCAAUCUAAAUGCGAUAUCUGGAAUAAAUUCACGCGAGAUAUAUGUCGAAAAUAUUUUAAACGGAAUUGAGCGCAUGAAACGCGCCUCGUUAGACUUAAGAUACGGGAGGAAUGCACAUAUGUCGAUAGCGGUUACAGCGGGCUAUCUUUUCAUAGAAAUUAAUACUGGAAAUGAUAGGAGCUAGCGUGUAUGUUAACACUUGGCAGCGACCGAAGCUCGCAGCUCUCGUUUCUGUUCCUAUGUUAAAUAUAUAAAAUGUAACCGAGAGAGCUUAAAACUAUCCUCGUACGUUGUCUCGACAGCGGUCUCGAACUAACGAGCAAUCAAUUGAUUACACGCUCUGCGGAAGUUUCUCGACAGAUUCUCUCCCGAGAAUCUGUGAUGUGCAAUUGUUGUUUCAAACAUGUGCAAAAUGUAAUAUAGAAUUGUAAAUAUAACUCUGAAAGCUGCCGUGAGAUUUA